AUGGCGCUCCUCCUCCGCGUCCUCUGCCUCGUCCCGGCGGUCCGCGCCUACCUGCCCGUGUUCAUGAUGCACGGCAUCGGGUCCGGGUCCGGCGAGAUGGACACGAUCCGGGAGCUGGCGGAGGCGGCCCACCCGGGCACGGUGCUGACGAGCUUCAAGCUCUACGAGGACCUCCCCGACGGCCUGACGAACCUCAACGACCAGGCCGCCGCCGUCGCCGGCGCCGUGCGCGCCGCCGUCGCCGCGAACGCGACGCUCUACGCCGAGGGGUACCACGUCGUCUGCAAGAGCCAGGGCGGCUUGAUCUGUCGCGCGGCGCUGAUGCUGAUGGACGACCACGCCGCGAGGACCUUCGUGUCCCUCGCGGGCCCCCAGGCCGGCGUCUUCGGCCCCGACUUCUUCAAGGACGUCGUCCACGACGUGCCCCUCCUCGAGAACGUCACGGCACAGGAGGCGUACCACGUCGCGUACACGUGGGCGGGCCAGAAAUUGUCCGUCGCGAACAUGUGGCGCGACCCGAACCACCUCGACGACUGCGGCCUCUUCGACCACUGCUUCGACGAGGGCAACGUCUUCCUGCCCAACUUCCUGGACAAGGCGACGGCGGCCAUGAAGGCCAACUUCCUGCGGCUCGAGAAGGUCGUCCUCUGCGUCGGGUCCGGCCCGGCCUACGACGGCGGCAUCGAGCCCUGGCAGAGCGCCGUCUUCGGCGCCGCCGACGCGUCGGGGGCCAUCGCGCCCAUGGAGGACCAGGACUUUUACGCGACCGACGCCUUCGGGCUGCGGACGCUCGCGGAGUCGGGCCGGUUGAACGUGACGGUCGUGCCGAACGCGUCCCACGGGUCCUGGACGGGCGACCGCGCCACCAUCGCGGCCUACGUGCUGCCCCACCUCACCUAA